GCCAAAGAAACUAAAGUUUGGUAGUUUUAAUUCUUUUGGGCAAUCUUUGAUUUAUCUCUUUUUCAUAUCUUCACCAAAUUUUCUUUUGUUUCUUGUGGCUGAAUUAACUAAAGAAAAAUCUAUUUGUUUUAGAGAUAAAAACUAGAAAAGAAAAGAAAAGAAUGGGUCGGAUUCCAUGUUGUGAAAAGGAGAAUGUGAAAAGAGGACAAUGGACUCCUGAAGAAGACAACAAAUUGGCUUCUUACAUUGCUCAACACGGUACUCGUAAUUGGCGUCUCAUCCCUAAAAACGCUGGAUUGCAGAGAUGUGGGAAGAGUUGUAGACUAAGAUGGACGAACUAUUUGCGUCCUGACUUGAAACAUGGACAGUUUUCUGACGCUGAAGAACAUAUCAUUGUCAAGUUUCACUCUGUUCUUGGUAACCGGUGGUCUUUGAUUGCGGCGCAGCUUCUUGGUAGAACAGACAACGAUGUGAAAAACUAUUGGAACACGAAGCUGAAGAAGAAGUUGUCGGGAAUGGGAAUAGAUCCAGUGACUCACAAGCCUUUCUCACACCUAAUGGCAGAGAUCACCACUACACUCAACCCUCCUCAGGUCUCUCACCUCGCUGAAGCUGCACUCGGUUGUUUCAAGGACGAGAUGCUUCACUUGCUCACCAAGAAACGUGUUGACCUAAACCAAAUCAACUUCUCAAGCCCUAACCUUAACCAUAAUAACCCUAACAACUUUAACCAAACUGUUGAUAACGCAGCUGGAAAGAUGAAACUGGACAAUGAUGGUAAUGGGAUAAUGAAGCUAUGGGACAUGGGUAAUGGAUUUUCGUAUGGAUCGUCUUCCUCGUCCUUUGGGAAUGAUGAAAGGAACGAGGGAUCCGCUUCACCUGCGGUUGCGGCGUGGAGGGGUCACGGUGGAAUACGUACAUCAGUGGCUGAAACGGCGGCAGCGGAGGAGGAAGAGAGGAGGAAGCUGAAGGGAGAAGUGAUGGAACAAGAGGAGAUUGGAUCUGAAGGAGGAAGAGGAGAUGGAAUGAUGAUGAUGAGGAGGAGGCAACAUGAUCAACAUCAGCAACAUGCGUUUAAUGUGGAUAACGACUUGUGGAAUUUACAGGCUGAUGAUCUCAUUAAUCAUAUGGUUUGAUCUUUUUAAUAGAUUUACUGUUUACAUUUUCAUUUUGGAUCCCGUUGGUAGUUAACUUAUGG